AUGAACGGAACACACGUCCUAAUAAGUCUCGGUGGCUAUGUAAAUGUGGACAAGUACAGAUAUGUAUACUUUGUGUUCUUGUUGAUACUCUAUGUUCUCAUCCUCUGCUCUAAUUGCACCAUCAUUUGUGUCAUCUGGAUUCACAGGAACCUUCACGAGCCCAUGUAUGUUUUCAUUGCAGCUCUGUCUCUCAACUCGCUUUUGUUCAGCACUGCUAUCUACCCCAAACUCUUCGUGGACGUCUUGUCUCGCAGGCAGAGCGUUUCUCACACAGCUUGUAUGUCACAGUAUCUAAUAUUUUAUUCACUAGCAGGUUCCGACUUCUUGCUGUUGUCGGCCAUGGCUUACGACAGGUACGUGUCCAUCUGCAAGCCUCUGCGAUAUGCAACUACCAUGGGCACGACCACUGUCGCCGUCUUUUUGGCUUUGGUUUGGGUUCUGCCCGCCUGCCACGUAUUGGUGGCGACCGUCAUCAGUGCAAAGCAGAAAAUGUGUCACUUUACAUUAGCGGGAAUCUUUUGUAACAAUUCCAUACAGCAACUUUUCUGUUCGAUCCCAAGGUUUCUCACUGUCUGGGGUUUGCUCGUUCUGACAAAUAUUACUCUUAUCCCUGUGCUGUUUAUCCUCUUCACAUACAUAAAGAUAUUCAUGGUGGCCUAUCGCAGCUGCGGAGAAGUUCGGAAAAAAGCAGCGGAGACGUGUUUACCCCACUUGAUGGUUUUAAUCAGCUUCUCGUGUUUGUGCGGCUUUGACGUCAUAGUAGCGCGACUGGCGUCGGAUCUUUCCCAAACGGUGCGACUGAUAAUGAGUCUACAAAUCGUGGUGUACAAUCCUCUCUUCAAUCCGAUCAUAUAUGGAGUGAAGAUGAAAGAAAUCUGGAAACGCAUCAUGAGAUUGCUGUUGUUGUGUGGAAAAUGUGAUGUGAAAGUGCAUGCGGUCAACUCAUAG